UAGCUUAUUAUUUCAAAAUAUAUCUUUUUCCAUGGCAUAAUCGUAAUGCCCAACAUGAAAUAUUUAUUUCUUAUCGUUUAUAGCUCGUUUCAAUACCUCGAUUAAGAGAUAUUUGUGAAUAUAAAAUUGGCGUCCUACUUGGCGUUUUACUUUGUCGUACGCGUUGUUCACAUAUUUUUCUCUCAAUAUCGAUAUUUUCCAUAGAUCGUAAUGAUAGUUAAUUAUUUCAUAACUAUAUUAUUUAGUUAAUUAUUUGUAACUCGUUAAUCACUACCGAUCGAAUUGCGUAUAAUACUCUGCGUUCAUGUGUCUCUACUAUUGCGUGUGUAUAUGUGUGUGCGUGCGUGCGUGCGUGCAUUUGUGUGCGUAAUACGAUAUCCAAGAUGGCUAUGAAGAAGACAGAAGAUAUAAAUUUUCAUACGUUUAUCUAAUUACAGAAAUAAUUACUAUCGAGAUUUAGUGAAAUGUCGACGUCAUGUAUAUUGAUACAGAGAUAGAGAUAUAAUCUGUUCGUUUCAAAUCAAUCAGGUUUUAUAUCGUAUUAAUUCAUAUUUUGCAAUUUUCAUAUUUCAACGAGAUCCAUUACGGCUUAUGUUAACGUAAGAAGAAACGUACUAUGAAUUCGGAAGAGAGGAUGAUACGUAUAAGUGGAUACGUUACUGUUUCAUAUGUGGGGUACAAGGACAGAUUGCACGGAGGAAAAUUGAAGAUACUUGAAACUGGAAAAUGUCUUAACGGAGGUCCCUUUGGAAAAAUUUGGAAGCACACGUGUGGCGAACGAGGAAUAUAGUCGUACGAGAAUUGCGCUCUAAAAGCUCCAGGAAAAUUAUCGCGAUCCAGCGGAGUAGGAUCGUGGUGCGAACGUUUAUUUUGCACUCGAAAUCGAACGGUGAUCGCGCGUGUGCCUGGGAGCAGGUUUUACUCGCGCGUGUAUAUCUGGUACGUCAACGAGAAGUGGACUAACGAAUAAAAGGGAAGAGGCGGUGGAGGAGGAGGAGGAGGAGGAGGAGGAGAAGAAGGAGAAGGAAAGGACUCGAUUCGCAACGAAGCUUCGUCGAUUAAAGCGAUAAAAAUCUCUACGUGCACGGUACAGUGAAUAGAAAACAUCGAUAAUACGUGUGGGGGCACGCUUCUUCGAAACUUGAACGUAUUGCAAUGGAUCAUUUCUGGUUCGCGGUGUACCUGACUCUCGGUUGUCUCGUCGCCGGAGUUCUGCCACAAUAUAGAGACAAAAAUACCAGCACGGCCGAGAACGACGCGGUUCAAGCCCUCCUCGCCAGAUAUCUGCAGAAACGUCUUCAAGGUACUCAGCUCUCGACGCUGCCGCCGCCGGCCGUCCUCUUCAACUCUCGUCAUCAGGCAAAAGUCCGUCAAGCCGCGCAGAAAGACUCGACGAACAGCGACGGCUUAGCUCGCAAUUCUCAUCCUUCAUCUAGCUACAAGGAUAAUAGGAAGCACAGAGAGGACUACGAUGAUGAUUACGUGGACGAUCUUCAAGGGUUCGAGGACAGCGAUAGGAGCAGGACUAGAAUCGAUCUUCUUGCUGACGAUUGUCCAAAUUGCGUCGACGAACAAAGUAGCACCUUGAGCGCUUCCAGAUGGACGAUGCCGUUGUUGAAGCUUGGCGAGAAACGUUACUACCUGGGUAUCUUCUUCAAGGCUAACUGGUACAGAGCGUCGCAGUAUUGUCGUUAUCACGGUAUGCACCUUGCUAGCAUAGCCUCCCAAGAAGAAAACGACAGACUGGAGAAGCACAUCAAAGACUUCGGGCUUGGACACGAACAUUUUUGGACGUCUGGUACCGAUCAGGCGGAAGAAGGGACCUUCUUUUGGAUGGCCAAUGGACGGCCAAUCACGUUCGAGAACUGGAACGUCGGCGAACCCAACAAUUUCCGAUACGAGAAUGGCGAGGAGGAACACUGUUUGGAAUUGUGGAAUAGGGACGGUAAAGGGUUAAAAUGGAACGACAGCCCUUGCAGCUUCGAAACUUUCUUCGUCUGUGAAGUGCAGUGAAAGAGGGAGAGAGAGAGAGAGAUGGGGUCGUUGUAACAUGGGCGACAACCCACACACUCGUUCCCUAUACACGGAUAAUACAAACGCACACACGCGCACACACAUAGACGCAAGAUCUAAAGGGUAAGAAGGACGAGUACGAUAGACGUCGAAAGAGAAUAAAGCGAGAAGUCCGUCAGACCAAUUUUCAAACCUCGUUCGAGCCAGCCCAGUGCCAAAGGUUUUCCGACGAAUGUAACCCUUCAUCGAUCACUUUGGUUUCGUUUACGCUUACGCGACGCGCCACAUUCGGAUGGAAGGAGAAGAGUCGAAGUAUAAGGGAAUGAAUCGGAAUUUGUUGGCUACUACUGGAGUCGAAGAGAACGUACGGAUAAGGAAAGAGUUUCCGAAUUGACUGAAAAAGAAAAAAAGCAAGAAAGCAGUAUUUUAUUGUCGACGUCAUGCAGGAUAGUUCUUACCGUGUGUUUCUGUGUGUGCAUCGAUCUGUGUGUGUGUGUGUGUGUGUGUGAUCUAUGUGCGUGCAAGCUCGUUGUUUUUUCUUUUCUUUUUGUUUUUUUGUCUUUCCGUUUUCUUUUUUUUUUUUUUUUAUUUCCUUUCUUUUUUUUUCUUAUUUUUUUUUUUUUUUUUUUUUUUUAUUUUUUUUUAUCUUUUUUUUUAAAUGACAUGUAAUGUUAUUUUAUUGACUUUACUUUCUCGUAUGAAGAGACAGCAAGGGGACAUUAACAAGCGCGUCCUUUGUUAAAUUAAGAGGAAGGAAGAAGAAACUAGUAGUACGCGAGAGCGCGGUCGUGCCCGCUCGUCGUUUGAUGUUUUAACGAAUUAUAGAGUUAUAAUUAAAGAGAUUAAUUUAAGCCAGGAGCAAAGUUUCCUGGACAUAAAGCGAUACGUCAUCACUAUUAUAUUAUUAUACGACUUUUAGAUAUCCUACAUACCGCUUUUUCCUAUUGUUUUUAAUUAAUUACCAAAUUAGUUAAUUAACGAGAGAUAUUCGAAAGGAUAGAUGGUUAUUCUUUCAGGAAGAGAACACGCUAGGAAGCGUGUUGUAUGUACAUAUUAAAUAGAAACGUACGAAUGGAUAGAUACUUGGUUUAAAAAGCAUUGCUUUUGCCUUUCACCUUAUCCAAGUUAUAUAUACCUAUGUAUUUACAUAUGCAUGGCGCAUAGACGGAUACAUAUGUAUGGUACAUAGACGAGCUCGUUCGAAUGUAGCAAAUAAAAUCCAGACUUAAUGACAAAACAAUAAUGGCCGCUUUGAAAGCUCGAAUUUUAGCCAUCUCUCGCGGUCCACGGAUGAGUUGAAAAAAAUAUUACGCGAGUAACGUUAUUCUAUAUUUUCAGAGCGUACUAACGAACGAGAUGGAAAGAGAAAGAGAGCGUGGGAAGCCGAACGAGUUGGCGAAUAAAAUAAAAUACAAGGCGAGCUCCUGCAAAUGCACGCUCGUUGUAUUUUCAUAGAAGCACGAGUUGUAAAUUAAAGGAUCGCUCUAUAAGCUCCAA